AUGGCAGCUGUUAUGAAACUUAAGACUUUACAAGGGCAUCUGCAGGAUCUUAAUGGCUUCGAGAAGCCGAAGAUACACUUUGAGCAGUAUGAAACACCUGCCCACAUUGCUGCUAUCAUGUUGUACAAUAUUCAGACACAAUAUGAAGGAUUGGAAGAUAAACUAGUAUUAGAUGCAGGUUGUGGACCAGGUUCUCUGAGUAUUGGAGCUGCACUCCUGGGAGCAGGAAUGGUAAUGAGUAUGGACAUUGAUGGGGAUGCUUUAAAAAUAUUCAACAAUAAUUUGGAGGACAUGGAAGUCACCAAUGUUGAUGCUAUACAAUGUGAUUUCUUAAAUACUUCAGUUUUCCGUUGGGAAAACUAUUUUGACACAGUUCUUAUGAAUCCACCAUUUGGAACUAAAAAUAAUUCUGGUAUUGACAUGAAGUUCCUACAAAUGGGCUUGGCUUUGAGUUGUGAUAGUGUUUAUUCAUUGCAUAAAACAACAACAAGGUCACACAUACAAAAGAAACUAAAAGAAUGGGGUGCCAAGGGAAGUGUGAUUGCAGAGCUGCAAUAUGAUUUACCAGCCACAUACAAGUUUCACAAACAACAGUCACGUGACAUUGCAGUUGAUCUGUGGAAAGUUCAGCAUCCUGACUCAUGA